AUGGGGGAAACAGAUCCUCAACCCCGCGCGUUCCUCAAGUCUCUGCUGUGUGAACUCAAAAAAUCCGAGUCUGAUUUCCUUUCUUCGGGCGACCUCACGAGACUUGGAGUCAAAGCAUUCCAAGUCGGCCUAGGAGUCGACGAGGCUCUUCAAUUCAACCCUUGCUUUUUUCGCCCUCAUCCAGAAAAGGUGUUCGAAAAAUACCCAAUUUGUCCUGACGAGGACCUUGAAUGGUCGUUACGAGAUGUUGAAUACGUCCGUACAUUGGAAGACUUUCAAGCAGGUGCUUUGAAAGACCACUCCCCCGAGGCCGCCAGAAUUGAAUACAAUAAAUACAGAGGUGUCGACCAGCAUGGUAAUUAUGAUCAAGAUUCUAUGGAGGUCCUUGAAGAAUUCGAUACUAGUAAUCAAGUCUGUUCGAUGUGGAAUGCAAUGGAUUCUCGCAUUGACGUGGGUAGACAAGGCGACUGGCCAAAAGCUCAUAUAUGGGGUCUAAGUAUUCUGAAGGAGGAUGGCCGAGAACGUUGGUUUCCUCACUUACCUGGCUAUCAACCAGUCAUUGAGGGCUACAACCAGCACGGAGUUCCACGCUGGUCUGUUCAGGAAUCCUGGCGAUGGUUGAAUCACCCUCAUUCAACAAUCACAUGUCUUGUGAAUGCUGUCUAUGUUUCCGACACGAGUCAGGGCCUUACAGUCCCUGAGCUAGAAACCAUCGUGACUUUUCUGAUUCGCAGGACAAGGCACAGACCGUUCCGUCAAUGCCACAUUCAUCCGGUUCUGGCAAUAUUUUAUAUGGGCGGUCAGAUGGCGAGGAUCGUGCAAGCUUCGUUGGUCCAGUGCGAGUUGACUUUGCAAUACUCGCCUUGUUGGAGCUUCAAUAAGGGAGAUGACGCAACGUAUGAACUAUUCGCUCGGUACGAUCUGAGCGUCCCGGUUGAUGGUGCCUUUGAAUUGCCUAUCAGAUAG